CUAUGACAUUACAAUAGGUCAGAUUUUGGUCGAAAGUAUGAGGAUGGAAGAAAACACAAGAAAGAGGCAGAACUGUGGCUGCAUCUACGUCACGAGCGCGCUUGUAACGGGAUUUGCGCUUGCUUCGCUUACAGCCGUGAAUUUCUAUCAAAUUUGGAAUCUAAAACAGGACAUAGAAAUCUUAAAACUUCAGUGUAAUUUUGUAACGAAUGAAAACUCAGAAGACAUUAUAAGAACAAAGAGACAGGUAGUGGGGGAUUUACCUUCAUUUAUUAGGAACAUUACGAAUGAACAAUUAAAGUUACAGUGUACCAGUAAUACAACAGUUUGUAUACAAGGAAGCAAAGGCGACCCUGGACUUCAGGGAUUACCCGGAUUAAAGGGAAACACCGGAAGUAAAGGCGACCAAGGACUGGCUGGACUCCCUGGUCUUCCAGGAACCAACGGACUAAAUGGAGGUAAGGGUGACCCUGGUCCAAUGGGUCCUGCAGGGGUCAAAGGUGAAACUGGUUAUACCGGGGUCAAAGGUGAAGCCGGGAUCAAAGGCGACAUGGGAUUCCGGGGAAUACCCGGAUUACAAGGUCCAAAAGGUGAGAUUGGUAACAGAGGUCAAGAUGGCGCCAACGGAACACAGGGACUUCCGGGUUUACAAGGACCAAUAGGUCUUCUGGGAAAUAAGGGAGAACCUGGGUCUGUCGGACUUCCAGGCCAAACCGGAACUCCGGGGGCUACGGGACUUCCGGGGACGAAGGGUGAGCCGGGACUGAAGGGCGAGGACGGACCUUUUGGACCAACCGGAAACAAGGGAGAGCCCGGAAUGAGCGGACCCCAGGGACCACAAGGUGUGGCCGGCCCUCAGGGACUACCGGGACAGUCUGGUGUGAAAGGUCAACAGGGAAUGAUGGGACUUUCGGGAACGCCGGGAAAACCGGGCAUUAAUGGACUUCCGGGUAUACAAGGUUUGAAAGGAGAAAUAGGACAGCAAGGUCCUAAGGGAAAUGCCGGUGAUCCGGGUCCCUUUGGUCCCGCGGGGCUUAAGGGCAGUCCAGGAGCUCCAGGUAUGACCGGACCCAAAGGAGACAGGGGCGAUAGAGGAGACACCGGUAUGAUGGGUGUUCAAGGCCAAAAAGGAGAAAUGGGCGCCCAAGGUUACACCGGUUUGAUGGGUCACAAAGGGGAGCCGGGACUCAUGGGGAUUCCUGGUUCAAACGGAUCACCCGGAAUCAUGGGAAGGAAGGGCGAAACCGGAACACAGGGCAUGCCGGGAGCAAAAGGAGAAAUGGGACAAAGGGGCUACACUGGACUUCCUGGUCCAGUUGGCGCUACUGGUCCUUCCGGUUCACCGGGUCAAAAGGGAGACAGAGGUCAGCAAGGAUACUUUGGACAAAAGGGAGAGAAGGGAGACUCUGGUACUGGAAGUGACUGUUGUGUUCAGCUAGCCAAACCAUCCAUUCAGGGAACUUCCGGAACCGUGUAUCACGUGACAGCAAAAGAAAACAACACGGUCAUAUUACCGUGUAAAGUCAAUGGUUAUCCUCCACCCGCGGUCACGUGGUCAAAAGACGGUGAUGUCACAGCCAUCAACAAGGGCUUGAUGACGGUGAAUGGACUGGUGUUGGUCGACGUCCAUGUCGGUGAUACCGGAAAUUACACGUGUAAAGCAGAGAGCAUUCUGGGAGUUCAAGAGAAAGUGGUCGAGUUGAUUGUCAAAGAUGGUAAACCAAAAAUACACCCCGACCAGGAAUACAUUGGGGCGAAGGUCGGACAGGUUGUCCAAAACUUAUGCAGGGUCACGGAGACCGAUCGUUACAACCUUCAGUACUCAAAGGUCACAGGGUCAUUUCCGGUUCACAAUAUUAACGCUGACGGGAGCGUUCAGUUUGUUGUGACGGGGGAGAGAGAGACCGGGGAAUAUCAAUGCGAGGCUACCACCGACACCGGAAACGCGCACGCCGCCUUCUAUGUUUACAAGGACAUGGGCCAAAUGACCUGUCAGACCACGUUUGCGGAGUGUGCGGUAUUAGACAAGUCGUACUGCGGGGGCACCUGUCCAGCCGGUUGCUCUGAUCUCAAUGACGUCUACCACGCCCAUCGAUUCGCAUUGAAUUUACCGGUCUGCAGAGCUGCCUUAAAUAGUGGAGACCUGACGUCAUCAGGAGGUCACGUGGUAUGGAAAAACGAACAUGCAAAUGGCGGUGAAGCGUCUGAAUUUGUACAGUCGACACGGAGUAUUAAUACGCCGAUACUGGGAUAGCUCUAACAAUAAAAGUUACAACACAUC